AUGGUAAAACGAAAAUGCAGUCAGGACGGCUGCAGCACCGACGCGAGCUACGCCUACGGUUUGGAAGGGUCGAAGACCGCCAAGUAUUGCGCCCGCCACGCGGCGAACGGGAUGAUAAACGUUUAUAGCAAGAAGAGGUGCAGCCACCCAAGUUGCACCAUGGUCCCGUCUUUCGCGGGGAAAGGCAGUAGCAAGCCGGAGCUCUGCAGCCAGCACGCGGAGGAAGGGAUGGUCGACCUCGUCAGCUACCGGAGAUGGUGCCAAGAACCAGGUUGCAACGCGCAAGCGUACUUCGGCGCGUCAAGCGACGCUAGCAAGGCGGAAUUCUGUACCAAGCACGCUCGGGAGGGGAUGGUCAACACCCGGAGCGGGACAAUCAACAGAAACAAGAGUUGCGAGGACCCAGGUUGCACCUCGGGAGCGACCUACGGCAUGGAUCCCACCAAGAAGCCAGAGUUCUGUUCGCGACACAAGACGGACGGGAUGGUGAACUUGUCCCGUAAACGGUGCUCCUACUCGGGCUGCACCAUCCGUGCUACGUACGGCGUCGACGGGUCCAAGAAGGGGGAAUUCUGUUCGGUGCACGCCCGGGACGGUAUGGUUGAUGUUACGAGCACGAGGUGCAAUCAACCGGGCUGUAGGACGCAACCGAUGUUUGGCGUAGCGGGGGGGAAAGCGGAGUUCUGCGUUCGACACAUGAAAGACGGGAUGAUUAACAUCCGGUCGAACACGUGCGGUCACCCGGAUUGCACCACGCGAGCGAGUUACGGAAAAGACGACCACAUCAAGAAGGCAGAGUUCUGCGCCCGCCACGCUCAGGGCUGA